CUGUCGUUGCGUGCACCUGUGUGUCACACCUGAGUUCAGUCAUCUGCCUCCUCUGAGUUCAGCUGCUGGAUUUCACUUUAACUGAGCAGCAGCAGAGGGAGGACAGGGGAGGAGUGGAGGUGAGGACACAUCACUGCCGGGACGUGAAUCUACAAUCAAGCUCGACUGAGACACACACACUUCUGUGCAGCAGACGAGAACCUGAGGAGGAUUUCCCGUCUGAUAAAAUGGCGAGAAGGACGUAAAUUCUCGUUGGACAGAUUUCUAGCUGCAGGAUCGAGGGACUGAACCACAGCUGCAGAAUGACAGCUGCCACGAAGCUCCUGGACGAGAUGUGUCAUCUGACGGCUCAGUCUCUGACACCAAUGGACACAUCGGAGCAUUUCCAGGUCCUGAAGCUGCUCGGUGAGGGCUCGUAUGGAAAAGUCAUGCUGGCAGUGCACAGGAAGAGAGGUACGCCGAUGGCUCUGAAGUUCUUCCCUCGUGAGUCCACCUCCCUGUUCUCCUUCCUGAGGGAGUAUAACCUGUCCCUGUCCUUCUGUACCCACCCCUCCCUCACCAGAGCUCUGGGAAUCGCCUACUCCACGCCUUCGCACUACAUCUUCGCUCAGCAAGCCAGCCUCUUUGGCGACCUCUAUGACAUCAUCCUGCCUGAGGUGGGUAUGGAGGAGGACAGCUGUCAGCGUGUGGUGUCCCAGCUGUGCGGCGCCCUGUCCCAUCUGCACUCCCUUGGUUUUGUCCACAGGGACCUCAAACCAGAGAACGUCUUCCUGUGUGACUCCGCCUGCCGCUGGGUCAAGCUGGGAGAUUUCGGCAUGGUGAAGGCCAGAGGCACCAGGGUCCCGGAGGUGUGGUACAGCUCCCCAUACUGCACCCCCGAGGCUGAGACUGCUCGUGGAAAUGAGGACAGCUGGAGCAGCAUGAAUGACGAUGAAGAGGAGAAGAAGAAGAAGAAGGAGACAAGAGUUUGGGUUUCUGUGGAGCCCAGCACCGACAGCUGGGCGCUGGGAGUCCUGACCUACGCCAUGCUCACUGGCAGUCACCCCUGGGCUGAAACAGCCAGCGACUGCCGCGCAUACUUGAAAUAUCGCGAGUGGUUUGACAGAGCGAAAAGUCCUGAGGACGAACUGGAUCGGCCAGAAGUAGGAAAGACAGACGGCCUUCCUGUGGCACCCCAGUUCGCAUGCUUCACUCCGCUGGCCUGUUCCCUCUUCCUGUCGCUGCUCGACCCUCAACCCGAGCUCCGCAGACAACCUGAGGAUGCGCUGAGUUACCUCGGAGGAGCCUGGAUGAUGGAGCAGGAGAGGAGGAGGCUGGAGGAGGAGAGGAAGAAGAGCAGAGGGAAGGCAGACAUCAGAAACAUGAAAGAGAUGGAGGGCAGAGGGGAGCGAUAAAGAAACGAUAAAGAAACACUGGAGUUUAUGUUUUUACUUUUCAAAAACCCAUUGUACUCAUUAGAACACGGUAAUUGAAUGUGAGCAUUGUCUGCUUCCCUCUGCGGAAAGAAUCAUUCACUUGUCUUCUGCUUUAGAAAUGUCGAGGAGACAAAACAAAAGAAAUUUGAAAGCUCAAGCACUUUGCACCAUUUUUGUUUUCGUCCGUUCUGCUUUUAAUAUGAUUAACAAAUUAAGAUUUCACAAGGCAGAAACUGCGGGAGGCAAACUAUCGUGAUCGAAUUCCUUUUUGACAGCUAAUUAAUUUCGCAGUUUUUUCAUUCAUCAAAACUAUUUAUUACAGCAAUAACGGUAUCUUAUAUACAUAUAUAUACAUAUAUAUAUAUAUCGCAUGAAAACGAAUAGUGCGACAGCUGCAUUUCUGGAGAUUACUGGUGUUUGGCGGCGCUGUAAUGCCUCCAUGUCCUUGGAAAAGAUUCCCUCUUCAGUGCACUGCUUCUAUUUUUAGGUCUACGCUACUCAAAGUAUAAUAUGUCAUAGUAGGCCGUGAACUGUUUAUAGACUGAAGCCGUAAACAUGACCAGCUAUAUUACGACCACAUCAUUUCUCUGACUCUGCUUCAGGGGAUUAAAAAAAGGAAUAUUUGAGUAGCACUUGUGUAACAUUAUUCCGUUGUUGAAAUAGUUAGCGAUUGUUGGCUAACGUGAUUUCAUGUCUCGCACCUUUUUGUGUUUGUUUUCUCACAUUGAUUACAGAAAUCAUGAUUUAAUUAGUUAAAUAUAACAACACAUACGUUUCUGAAACUAUGCGUGUUUUUGUAAAAUACUUGUUUAUUUAUGUGAAAAUCUUCCUAAAAUGCAGAUACCGACUUUUUGAAAUAUAAUGGAGACACAAAAAAUGUCAGCGUUUCUGGAAGACAAAUAUUUUAGUGGCACUUGUGUAACACUGUCAAAAUAUAACGUGAUUUUGUGUUUGGGUGUUUAUGCCUUUUCAUGAAUUGUUGACAUAUGUACAAGGUAAAAUACUACAUUUGUCUAAUUGUACCUGUAAUGCAGACAGUAAAAUCACUGUU